UGUGUGACUUUCAUCUGUUUUAUUUCUACAGUGACUUCACAAGUUUUAUUUCCGGUGUUUAUUUUCGGCGGGAGAAUUGCGAGUUGUCUGUAACGCAGUAAAACUCCAGGAAACAAGUGAAAUAUGUGUGACACUGUUGUAAAGAUGUUUAUUAAAGAGGAGAGUGAAGAUAUGGCUUAUCCAGAAGCAUGCAGAAUUAAAACCGAACACACUGACGAACAAACAGACUUGAUGGAAGUGAAAAGAGAAAAUCAAGAACUGAUGGAAAUGAAAGAGGAAAAUCAAGAACAAAUAGAAGUCAAGGAGGAAAGUCAAGAACUGAAUGAAGUGAUGGAGGAACAUCAGUUUCAGAAUCCUCAUAGUUUCAUAACUGGAGGAGAUAUUUAUAGUUGCUCACAGACUGAGAAUUCCUCACAAAACAAAAAAGCCAAUACUGCUUUCACCUGCCCUCAAUGUGGAAAGAGUUUUACAUGGAAAGGAAGUCUUAAGAGACACACACAAAUUCACUCCAGAGAGAAACCUUUCACGUGCCGUCAUUGUGGAAAGAGUUUCAAACUGAAAAGAGGUUUUGAAGAUCAUGUAAAAUGUCAUGCUGGAGAAAAGCCUUUCACUUGCUCUCAGUGUGGAAAAAGUUUCAAUCAUAGAGGAAACCUUCAUGUGCACAUGAGAAUUCACACUGGAGAGAAGCCUUACACAUGCCGUCAGUGUGGAAAGAGUUUCACAAAGAGAGGAAGCCUUAAUGAUCACAUAAGAUGUCACACUGGAGAGAAGCCUUACACGUGCCAUCAUUGUGGAAAAAGUUUCAUUAAUAGAGGAAACUUUCAUGUGCACAUGAGAAGUCACACUGGAGAAAAACCUUACACUUGCCAUCAUUGUGGAAAGAGUUUCAUACGGAAAGGAGAUCUUAAUGAUCACAUUAGAUGUCACACUGGAGAGAAGCCUUACGUUUGCCCUCAGUGUGGAAAAAGUUUCAAUCAUAGAGGAAAUCUUCAUGUGCAUAUGAGAAUUCACACUAGAGAGAAACCUUACAUUUGCCGUCAGUGUGGAAAGAGUUUUACAAAGAGAGGAAGCCUUAAUAAUCACAUUAGAUGUCACACUGGAGAUAAGCCUUUUACUUGCCAUCAGUGUGGAAAAAGUUUCAUUAAUAGAGGAAACUUUAAUGUGCACAUGAGAAUGCACACUGGAGAAAAGACUUACGUUUGCCAUCAUUGUGGAAAGAGUUUCACAACGAGAGGAAAGCUUAAUGAUCACAUUAGAUGUCAUACUGGAGAGAAGCCUUACAUUUGCCAUCAGUGUGGAAAUAGUUUCUUUUAUAGAGGAAACCUUAAUGUGCACAUGAGAAUUCACACUGGAGAGAAACCUUUCAGAUGCCAUCAAUGUGGAAAGAGUUUCAGUCGGUCAUAUACCCUAAAACAACAUGAGAGCAUGCAUAAAGGAGAGAAGCCAUACCACUGCACUUCAUGUGGGAAAAGUUUCCGCCAAUCAAGAUCUGUAGGAAAUCAUAGAAAAGGGCAUUGCCCGGAGUUGUUGUAUGAAGGCCAGUGCAAUUCUGGAUAUUGUUCCAACAGACCACCAUCAGCCUCUCCUGUCAACAACUUGAUGGAAGUGAAAAGAGAAAAUCAAGAACUGAUGGAAAUGAAAGAGGAAAAUCAAGAACAAAUAGAAGUCAAGGAGGAAAGUCAAGAACUGAAUGAAGUGAUGGAGGAACAUCAGUUUCAGAAUCCUCAUAGUUUCAUAACUGGAGGAGAUAUUUAUAGUUGCUCACAGACUGAGAAUUCCUCACAAAACAAAAAAGCCAAAACUGCUUUCACCUGCCCUCAAUGUGGAAAGAGUUUUACACGUAAAGGAAGUCUUAAGAGACACACACAAAUUCACACUGGAGAGAAACCUUUCACGUGCCAUCAGUGUGGAAAGUGUUUCAAACGGAAAAGAAGUCUUGAAGAUCAUGUAAAAUGUCAUGCUGGAGAAAAGCCUUUCACUUGCUCUCAGUGUGGAAAGAGUUUCAUACGGAAAGGAGACCUUAAUGAUCACAUUAGAUGUCACACUGGAGAGAAGCCUUACACCUGUCAUCAGUGUGGAAAAAGUUUCAAUCAUAGAGGAAACCUUCAUGUGCACAUGAGAAUUCACACUGGAGAGAAGCCUUACACAUGCCAUCAGUGUGGAAAAAGUUUCACAAAGAGAGGAAGCCUUAAUGAUCAUAGUAGAAGUCAUGUUGGAGAAAAGCCUUUUACUUGCCUUCAGUGUGGAAAAAGUUUCAUUAAUAGAGGAAAAUUUCAUGUGCACAUGAGAAUGCACACUGGAGAGAAUCCUUACGAUUGCCAUCAUUGUGGAAAGAGUUUCACAACAAGAGGAAACCUUAAUUAUCACAUUAGAUGUCAUACUGGAGAGAAGCCUUACGUAUGCCAUCAGUGUGGAAAUAGUUUCUUUUAUAGAGGAAACUUUCAUGUGCACAUGAGAAUUCACACUGGAGAGAAACCUUACACAUGCCGUCAAUGUGGAAAGAGUUUCAGUCGGUCAUAUACCCUAAAACAACAUGAGAGCAUGCAUAAAGGAGAGAAGCCGUACCACUGCACUUCAUGUGGGAAAAGUUUCCGCCAAUCAAGAUCUGUAGGAAAUCAUAGAAAAGGGCAUUGUUGUUUGGGCAUUGCAGGUAAUGGUGUGUCAUUGGAAUGAAAUUCAGAAAAACUCAACAUAAAGCAUUUCUUCCAAAAUCACAAUCACAUCUUACAUGGUUGUUUGCUUUAUUGCAUUACCUGUAGUGUAAUUCUAUGAAUGAAGAUCAUUUGUUUCUGAAAGAUGUUCUUGGCACCCUUUUGAAUGCAUCCAGAGCUUAGACCAUGAUCUGCAAAGAGUUUACAAAGCAUGAGGGGGAUCUCAUUGUAAAAAGGUACAAAUGAGUAUAGAGAUACAAAAUUUCAAAGCAUUAGAUACUGUAUGCCAUGGAGCACCGUCAACACCAUGAUCAAAAAGUGGAAAAAAUGGGCCACCACAGUGACAUUCCCAAGAACAAACAUCUGUCCAUGUGUAACAAUGCCAUUAUUAAUAUACAAAUAUUUUAAAGGAAAUAAAUAUAUAAUUCCUCGAUUAUAAUGCAGUUUUUAUGACUUCAUAUUAGUCAUAGAGUCAUUACAUGGUUUAUUUGUAUUUACUAUUGACUCUUUAAUAGCUUAAACAUUGAAGGGUGUUAAAAAUGUAAAACAG